GGCCCCGCGGAGGGGUAGUACGAGGGCGUUGUUGUCGGAUAUAAGUGUUGUACUAGACGAAUCUUGUUUCCAUUUGCCACAAACCUCCGCGACGUUUUGUUCUCUGGUUUCCCAUAACAGAUAAAUAAUUUCAAUCCUGAUACCAUUUGCAAUGCCACGAGAAGAAGUUUACGGAACGGGGAAGCAAAGCAUCAGAUAUGCGGCCAAGGUUGAUCUAACCAGACCAGCUGCGGAGCAGCCGUAUCUUCAUAACCGCUGGCAUCCAGACAUCCCAUUUGCAGGCACGAUUAAGAAUGGGGAGACAGUGAAGAUAGAAUGUGUAGAUUGGACGGGCGGUCAAAUCAAAAACACAGAUGAUGCAGACGAUGUGAAGAAUGUGGACCUUACAAAGGUGCAUUAUCUGACGGGACCGUUUGAGAUAGAGACGGCAGAGCCGGGAGACGUUCUCGUCGUGGACAUCCAGGACGUGCAGCCACUGGAAGAUCAUCUGUGGGGCUUCACGGGUAUUUUCGACAAAGAAAACGGAGGCGGCUUUCUCGAUGAGAUCUAUCCCAAAGCUGCAAAGGCCAUUUGGGAUUUCGAAGGCAUCUACUGCAGCUCGAGACACAUUCCCGGCGUCAGAUUCGCAGGCUUGAUCCACCCCGGGAUUCUUGGUUGCGCGCCUUCAGCGGAAAUCCUCGCGACAUGGAACAGACGCGAGGCUGAGUUGAUCGAGUCUUGCUCGCACAUGAGCCGGGUGGUCGCGUUGCCACCUCUGGAGCAAAGCGCACAUGCGGGCAGUGCAGAUGCUACCAUCAAAGCCAAAGUUGCUAAAGAAGGGGCAAGGACAGUUCCUGGAAGACCAGAGCACGGCGGAAAUUGUGACAUCAAGAAUUUGUCCAGAGGUAGCAAGGUCUAUCUGCCGGUCCAUGUCAAGGGCGCGAAAUUCAGCGUCGGAGACCUACAUUUCUCCCAGGGUGAUGGCGAGAUAUCCUUCUGUGGUGCGAUUGAGAUGCCAGGCGUCAUCACGAUCAACUUCAAGGUUAUGAAAGACGGCAUGAAACAGCUGGGGAUGAAGUCCCCUAUAUACGUUCCAGGUCCCGUCGAGCCACAGUUUGGACCCGGCCGUUACAUAUACUUUGAAGGAUUUUCGGUCGACGAGCACGGCAAGCAACAUUACAUGGAUGCUUCGGUCGCUUAUCGCCAAACAAGCCUGAGGGCCAUCGAGUAUCUUAGAAGGUAUGGGUAUGAUGAUUACCAGUCGUAUCUACUCCUUGGUUGCGCACCUAUUCAAGGUCAUGUUGCUGGCAUCGUUGAUAUCCCAAAUGCGUGCACAACACUCGGACUGCCUAUUGAUAUCUUUGACUUCGAUAUCUCCGUCGAAAAGCCUGCAGAGAAGAAGGACAGAGGUAGCUGUGCUUUUGCCAGUGAUAACCCAGGGGCUAAAGCGUAGUGUAAAAUUGGCGUGGAAUGACCACGUCGCCACAGCCUCAGAAUGAGAGAAUUUUGGUCAAUCAGUCUAAAGCAUAUACAUAAUGAGCACUUGAAUAUAUCGCUGUGACUUUGAUCUAAA